GCUUUCCUAGCAACCCAGCAACCCAGCUUUACAUUUUUCUCUGCUCAGACACUUCACUGAGGAGAGAAAAAAGAGAGAAAUAGACAGAGAUUCAGAUAAGAAAAAAGAAAAGCUGGACUGGGCAUCUUCUCCUAUUGCCUUGUUAGUGUUUGGACCAGAUUGAAGCAGGCACCAGGAGAGUGGCAGCCCUGCAGAGAUAGUGUGCAGUGUGUGUUGUUGCGCCACAGUGAGAGUGUUUUAUCAGAGGAGGAGGCAGAGGAAGGGAGAGAGUUGCCUGUUGUCGUGGUCUCUCCCCUGAGUGGCUAAGGGGUGGCUCUUGGUGACAGGAAACGCAAGGCUUGCAAUGAGACCUGAGCGCUGAGUGGAGUAUGCUGCAGACGAUUUACGAGGGCGAGUCAAGUUUCUCCACAACAGAAAGCCGCGUUGGAAACCAGCAGUUCCCCAACCAGAGCAAGAUGCACAACGUGAACAACUCAGUGGACAUUAAGCCGGACCUGCCCUUGGCUGUGGAGUCUUUAUCUCCGUUGGACCUGCGUACAGAUCUGAGGAUGCUGGGCUCAGGCUCAGACCCGGGACUGUGGGAGAGGCAGCUGCAGCAAGAACUGCUCCUCAUUCAGAAGCAGCAGCAGAUCCAGAAGCAGCUACUAAUCACAGAGUUCCAGAAGCAGCAUGAGAAGUUGACCCGUCAGCACCAGGCUCAGCUCCAGGAGCACCUCAAGCUCCAACACGAGCUCCAGGCCAUGAAACAGCAGCAGGAUCUUGCAGAGAAGGAGCGUCGUCUGGAGCAGCAGCAGCAGAGCCAGCAGGAGAAGGAGCAGGAGAGGCAUCGGCGAGAGCAGCAUGUUUCCAGCCUGAUCCUCAGGGGCAAGGAGCGCUCCAGAGAGAGUCUCACAGGCGCAGUGGCAAGUACUGAGGUGAAACAGAAACUCCAAGAGUUUCUGUUGAGCAAAUCAGCAAAGGACCCUGGCAGCAAUGGAGUCAAUCCUUCUUUCAUCCACCUCCAAAAACUCUGGUACACGUCCUCUCACCACACAUCACUCGACCAAAGCUCCCCCCCUCUGGGCGGCACAUCCCCCACCUGCCAUUAUACUCUGCCAUCCCACAUGGAGAGCAAGGACGACUUCCCCUUGAGGAAGACAGCCUCUGAGCCCAACCUGAAGGUACGAUCACGACUGAAGCAGAAGGUAGCGGAGAGGAGGAGCAGCCCAAUGCUCAAGAGAAGAGAUGGAAACAUCAUGGCUCCUUACAAGAAGAGGGCUCUGGAGCUAAUGGACUCGACGCCAACUAACAGUGCCCCCGGCUCCGGCCCCAGCUCUCCCAUAGGGGCCUCCAGUGCCUUGGGGGGUGAAAAUGGACCCUCCUCUCUGCCUACCACCACAAAAACUGAGAGAUGGCCUUCACAUCCGAGAUUAUUCCAACCUGAGGGCUCUGUGUCGAUGCUGAACUUAUACACAUCUCCCUCCUUACCCAACAUCUCCUUUGGUCUUACCACUGCAUCCUCGUCCAUAAGUGCCAUGGGGUUAAAGGACAGAUCAACAGAAAUCAAGCAUGGGCUUCCUGGGCACUUGCUGGGCCCCGUGCCCCUUCAGACAGGCCUGGAGACUAAAGUGAGCCCCAGUCACCAGGCCCUCCUCCAACACCUCCUUCAGAAGGAGCAGAUGAGACAGCAGAAGAUCCUCUCCUCUGGCCAAGUCACCAUGUCAUCACACCCUCAGUCCCCUCUGGCCAUGAAGGAUCGCCCCUCCAGCAGUCGGCCUAAACUACCAAAACACCGGCCGUUGAACAGGACCCAGUCGGCGCCACUGCCUCAGAACACACUGGCCCAGCUUGUCAUCCAGCAGCAACACCAGCACUUCCUGGAGAAACAGAAACAGUACCAGCAGCAGAUCCAUAUAAAUAAGCUGCUGUCGAAGUCCAUUGAGCAGUUACGUCAGCCCAGUGCACACCUGCAGGAGUCGGAGGAGGAGCUGGAGGAGCAGCACAGAGAGCCGGUGGAGAGCAUGCAGGAGGACAGGCUGCCCCCUGGAGGAGUCAUCCGGAAGCACACGUUGAGCAGCAGCAGCAGCAGUGGCUCCAGCGGCGAGCUCCCCGACGCUCACUACGGGGUCAUCAGGGUCAAGGAGGAGCCGGCUGAUAGUGAGGAUGAGGGCCUGACCAAUCAGGGCUUAGAGUCAGAGCAGAGUUCCUAUCUCCACCAGGUCAAAGGGCGACUGGUGAUAAGAGCCAUGAUCUGAGAAGGGAAGAGGAUGAGAUCACACACUCUGAACAUUCGCAGAUGAACAGUUCUUACCAACAUGUGCAUCUACACCCCUGCAGUUCAUACACACACUCACACACAUACAAACACACACUCACACAUACAAACACAUACACAUAUAUACAAACACAUACAAGCAGACAGCAGCCAUUGCAUAGUAGGCCAACUCCCACAGCUGCAGCAUAUGACCCUUUUUCACAAAGCUGCAGCCCACACUCUAAGACUCUCUGUUUGUUAUCUUUGUGAAGUGAUCUCUGUAAAAUAUGUACCUUUCACUUUGUGUAUAUAUUAUGAAAAAGAUUAAGACCCGUUCUUUUUAAGAGCUGAUUUGGUUGUCUAUCCGCUCAAACAAAAACGACAAAAAGUAAUAUGUAUAUAUACUGAGGAUUAAGCAUCAAAGAUGAUUUCUAGAAGGUUGAACAGGUGUACAGCUUUCAAAGAGCCAACCCAUUUUCCUACCGUGUACAUUUCUGCCAUAAAACAUUUGAAUGCUCUUCUAUCCACUUAACACUGAGAGUAAAGUGUGUUAAAGAAUUUAACACACUACGUGCUCCACUGUUCUGAAAAACCUGUGAUGAUCUUCCACUUUAAGUGGUAU